AUGCCUCCCACAUCUCCUUCUUCCCCCGGAUACUACCACGUCCUCUACAAAGGGCAUGCACAAACCCAGAUGGCCUGGCAUGGAGAGACAUACUGCCUGAUUGGAGGCUACCGUGUCUACGGAGAUGCGCCGCUUCCCACACCUGCAAAGGCAAAGGCUGAGCAAGAGGAGAAGCCAGUGCCCAGGCGGGCUCCCAAGAGACAGCGAGUUCAGGAAGAGUCGGAUCAAGAUCUAGGCUGUCCCGGUGCAAAAGUUCCUCGCCUGAAAUUGAAGCAUGGUGGCAAAGGGCUUUCGCGACCCUCAUUGGUGCCGGCUUGCUCCGCCCUGAGCAAGAUGUCGCUCAAGGGUCAUUGGGUGCUUGGCCAUGGGCCUUCAGUGUUCCUGUUGGUGCUGCUGCUGUUAGGGCCUUCACAGCCUCUAAUAUGGACCCAUACAAAACCAGGCAUCUCUGGUGCUUCCACUACAUCAAGCAUCCCCAGAGCACUCACCAAGCCCGACAUUUCCAGCAUUCCAACCACUCCUGGCAACCCCAAUUUCCCAGACCUGCGAGAUCGCGCAAGAGCUUUGAUGCAGAAGUUCCCGCUUAUAGAUGGCCACAAUGACAUGCCUCUUGUCCUGAGACAAUUUUACCAGAAUGGACUACAAGAUGCUAACCUGAGAAACUUCACCCAUGGCCAGACCAACCUGGAUAGGCUUAAAGAUGGCUUGGUGGGAGCCCAGUUCUGGUCUGCUUACGUACCAUGCCAGACGCAGGACCGGGAUGCCCUGCGUCUCACUCUGGAGCAGAUAGACCUCAUUCGCAGAAUGUGUGCCUCUUAUUCUGAGCUGGAACUUGUGACCUCAGUUAAAGUUAAGUGGAUUUAUUCAGGCACCCAGAAAUUGGCUUGCCUCAUUGGUGUGGAGGGUGGCCAUUCGCUAGACAACAGCCUCACUGUGCUUCGAAGUUUCUACCUGCUGGGGGUGCGCUACCUGACGCUCACACACACCUGCAACACACCCUGGGCAGAGACCUCAUCCAAGGGCGUCCACGCAUUCUACGGCAGUGUCACUGGACUGACCAGCUUUGGUGAGAAGGUGGUGGCAGAAAUGAAUCGCUUGGGUAUGAUGGUUGAUCUGUCCCACGUCUCGGAUGCUACAGCCAGGCGGGCCUUGGAAGUAUCCCAAGCCCCUGUGAUUUUCUCCCACUCCGCUGCCAGGGCUGUGUGCACAAAUGCUCGGAAUCUUCCUGAUGACCUCCUGCAGCUUCUGAAGAAGAACGGUGGCAUCGUGAUGGUGACCUUCUCCGUAGGAGUGUUACCGUGCAACCCUUUAGCCAAUGUAUCCACUGUGGCAGAGAAAGGUCAGCAGAAGCACCAGUUUACUCCACCCAGAGACACACACUUCGUGUCAGUCAUUGGAUCCGAGUUCAUCGGGAUUGGCGGAGAUUAUGACGGUACCAAACAGUUCCCUCAGGGCCUGGAGGAUGUGUCUACAUAUCCAGUGCUCAUAGAGGAGUUGCUGAGACGAGGCUGGAAUGAACAGGAACUACAAGGCGUCCUUCGAGGAAACCUGCUUCGGGUCUUCAGACAGGUGGAACAGGUCCGAGACAAAAACAAAUGGCAAAGUCCCCUGGAAGACAUGAUCCCAGAGGAGCAGCUGGACGGUGCUUGCCACUCAGCCCUGCGACCUCAGAAACAGCAUCCAGAAAAGAACCAACCGGGGACUCCAGAAUAUUAUAUACACAAGUUAUCACCCAAGAUCUCACACUCAGAAUCCUCUCCUCUCAUAGUCCCAAGCCUCACCAUUGUUGCGACCUUGUUAGGCCUUAUCGUGUGA